GGGAGGGAGGGCGUGUUUGUCGACAUCGUCUCCGCCGGGCGGGCUGAAAGAGAGAGGCUGCGAGACACCCGGAGGCCUUCCCAAGGGCUGCCCACGUUCCUCCCUGCUCCGACCGGGACGAGCCGCGGCGGCAUGAGGGCCGGGUGCGUGCUGCUGGCGGCCGUGGUGCUCCUGCAGUGUGCGCGCCAGAGCGGGGCCUUGUCCACCUGCAAGUCCCUGGACCUGGAGUUGGUCAAGAGGAAGCGCAUCGAGGCCAUCCGGGGACAGAUCCUGAGCAAGCUGCGGCUGUCCAAGGAGCCGGAGGACGACAGGGGCGAGGAGGAAGAGGAGGAGGAGGAGGAGGACGUCCCCGCGUCGCUUCUGUCCCUCUACAACAGCACGGUGGAGCACAGCGGGGCGCAGGCCCGCACCUUGGCGCCGCGCUCCCCGGACGAGGACGGGGAGGCUUACUUUGCCAAGGAGGUGCACAAGUUUAACAUGACGCCGACUCAUGAUGCGUACCAGAACAACAGGAUGUGCUUCAACAUCUCUGAUAUGCGGGCCACACUGGGGAACAACAGCCUGCUCUCUCAAGCAGAACUGCGCCUGCUCAUCAAGAACCCCACCAUGCCGCCCGGCGCCGAGCAGAGGCUCGAACUCUACAGGGGCAGAGGAAAAAAAUCCCGCUAUUUGGGCUCGCGGUUUGUCUCGAAUGUUUCGGCCAAUCACUGGCUCUCUUUCGACGUCACGCAGACCUUAAGCGAGUGGCUGCAAGGUCCAGGAAAAGAACAAGAGUUCGAACUGAAAUUGCCUUGUGAAUGUGGACAGGAAAUGCCGCAUUUUCAAUUUACUGUGUCAGGGAUAUCCAAUGAAAGAGGAGACAAGGGAGACCUCCAACUGAGGAUGCCUAGGCCUCACAUCUUAGUGAUGUCACUUCCUGUGGAACGUCACAGCCAGCUAACCUCUCGCAGGAAACGCCAGACAACAACAACGGAGAUGUGCACAGAUAGCACUGAGAGCUGCUGUGUGCGAAGCCUCUACGUAGACUUCCGGAAGGAUCUGGGCUGGAAAUGGAUCCAUGAGCCAACCGGCUACUAUGCCAACUACUGUAUGGGACCAUGUACCUACAUAUGGAACACAGAAAGCAAGCACUCCCAGGUUCUGGCUCUGUACAAACAGCACAACCCAGGUGCAUCUGCUCAGCCCUGCUGUGUGCCACAGCUGUUGGAACCGCUGCCCAUCCUCUACUACGUAGGACGGCAGCACAAGGUGGAGCAGCUGUCUAACAUGAUAGUGAAGUCCUGUAAGUGCAGCUGAGAUCGAUAUCCAUCUCACUUCAUCCUCCGAGCUGGUGGUCCCCAGAACACCACUGUCUUUAUCAGUGUGUCGCAACAAAAAGAUUUAGGACACUUUCAGGAGAUUAGGCCAUUUACCAGAAGCGUUUUGAAGUUUGUCUAUGUACUAGUUGAGUUUACUUUGUCAAGACUCCAACCAAUUUUUCAGUCGUAGUUUUUAACUAGCUGUGUCAUGGCCUGUGUGGGCCAGCUGGGGUCAUGUUUUGUUUUCAGUGCUGGUUGUAUCCCUCUAUUAUCCUGAACACUUCCUAAGGAAGCUAGAAGUAAGUACAGCAGAGAAGAUUGAGCUCAAAAUACUGAAUGUAUGAUGCUUCGUAUGUGUAUUGCUGCCUUAUCUAUUGUUGAUCAAAUUAAUCAUUUUAUGUAAAUCAAUCCCUCUCAGUUCAAGAUUUCAUUCAUUCAUUUUUUUGUAGCUGAAUAAAAAGAUAGUGAAUUUGGAAUAA